UUCCUCAGAUUCUGUUGUACACGGUCCUGAAAGAAAUCUCAUGACUACACAGUGAAGUAAAAGUAAUGUGAUGGAUUAUUUCUAUCCCAAGACAUUAAUCAGUUCUAGAACAGACUAAAAAAUAAAAUCUUAGGUAUUUGGGUCAUAUUAUAUAUUUGUGAAUUCCUUUGAGAGUAUAUAUAAUAGUGGAAAGUUGUAUCGUGUUUCAUUAUAAAAUUCAGGUCUUAAAAUCUUGAGCAAGAAAAUAUGUAAACAUCAAGAAGUGGUAAAGGUAAGACAAUAUUGCCAUAACCUUAGGUUUCAGGCAGAGUUGUGGCCCUUGUACAUGUUUCAAAAUGCAUAGUUGAAUUAAGGUUACAAAAUCAUGAAUGAACAGUAGUGUAUUGAAUAGAAACACAUUGCAGCAUUAAAGCAUUCCAAUCAAUAGAGCCCCUCUGUUGGCAAGCACCUGUUGUCCAUAACAACCAGAUGGUGAUUCCUGUCAGGGCCACCAGGUGGCCCCAAUCUCAAGGUCAAACAAGUGUUUAGCAGACUAGGCUCAGGCAGUGAUAAGUAGGAGCAGAUGGUGGACUGUGUCAGAAAAGUUCUUGUAAUCUGUCUGUGUUAGAUUAGAGAAACAGAAGUGAAGAUCCUCUCAGCAGUUAGUAGUAGAAAUUGAUAGAGAAGUUUCAUACACAGGAUUUUGCUGAGUUUUAUUGAGGGGGGGGGGUAUGUUGCUGAGGUCAGAAUGGGGGACAGUGAAUACUACAGGGACAUUAUGUCAGUUGCUGAAUCUGAACAGUAUGGAGGAUUUUAUUUUUAACUGAGAACAAACACAUUGGAUGAAAGAAGUUGUGUCUUGUGGUCUCAGAAUGAAAGACGGAGUUAUGAACCUUGGUUAUUUGGUGUACAUUGCAGUCUCGGAUGAAUUAUAUAACUGGAUACAUGUAGAAGCAGUGGGCACCAUCAACUUAGGUAACAAGACUGUUCAAUAGGACUGGUAUAUAUAGGCAGCUUGCCUGCAGUCCGAUACUAGUUUAUGAAAAUAUCACAGUUAUUCGGAGUUAGUGAAACAGAUCUGUUAAAAUCAAUGAUACAAGAUAAUGCCAAAUGAGUCUGAAUGAGAAAUUUGCUAAAAGAUUUGGUGAAAGGCAGUUCCGUUUGAGUAGAGUUGUAAAUGAUGGGAGUUGGAUAAAAAAAGAAGAAGAGGUAUGUAAAUAGGAUUCUCAUUGCUAGUGAGUAGAAAUGGCAUCAGGUGGUCCCAUUAUUAUGUGUGGAAUUAAACAGCAGAUGAGUUUAUAUCACUAAGGCUGGAGAGGUCAGUGUGCGGAGACUUGACUGCAGGGUAAUGAACACACAGAAUCAAUGCCACUUUGAGCUUGGUGGCUUCCCAGCGAGGGUGGUCCUGUCCAAUUAGAUGUGUAAGUGGUGUCAUCGUCUGGUGCAGAAGCUGGGUGUUGUCAACAAAGUGAGGGGCAUCUUUGGGGGGGGGGGGGGGACUGGUACAUCCAAUGUUUGGACUCAGAGCUUUGAUUUUUGUGUUAGGCAUUAUGGUAAUGUUUAUUUUUAAAUGAGACCCUGUUUUAGUUUUUUUUUUUUUUUUUUCAUAUAGUGAAGUGUCAUAAAUCUUCCUGUACGUGGUGCUUAUUGCUCUAGCAAUGAUGAUUGUUUACCAAUUACCAUGCCAACAUCCGCUGUGAUAGGGGACCUCUGCUUUUAAGGUCCUCUCCAAAACACCCAUGACUUUCACUUUAAAAAUUACAUAAAUUAUAUUCUAUGUCCAUCUGAAUUUGUUCAUCUGCCUGUCUCAUCUACAGUAUCGGAUUGUAUGUUUGAGUUCCUUGGCAGUUAAAAAAUAAAAUUCUUUUCAAAUUUAUGCUAAAAUUACUCAUUUUCACAUCUAAUGCGGGGCAGAAUAUAAAAUUUUCACAACAUUGUUACAUAUAACAUGAUAUGUAUACCCUAUAGUUUGUGUACAGGACCGUUUUGGUAGGUUUGUCGUAAAUCUCAGCAAACAGAGAGAAAUUUCAGAAUAGUGAUGCCAUUGAUCAUAUUUUCUGAACAAAGACUGUACAAGUUGAGUGCUGAAGAGAACAAAUACAUUUUUGUUGCAAUAGCCCUGGAUGAAGAUGCUUAUUUUAUGGACUUGCAAAAUGCAUCAAUCUAAUCUUUAUAGAAACCGCACCCACAGCCAACCUAGGCUUAUUAGUUAGCAUUUGCACUGGAUUAGAUAUACAUCUAUAUACCUAUAUGUAUGUGGUGGGUUUUAAUAUUUACAUCAGAGAUUUUCCUGGAUAAUUUGAUGUGACUGACAUCUUGUUAAGCGACCGUGUGCCCGGUUUACGAGAGUGCUAGAUGAACGAUAGUUAGUGCGACUUAUGGUGGUGACUGGUUCCCUGCGACCAAUAACGACCAGUUUAUGGUCGCUAUGACAGUCAUGUGCUUGUACAUCACUGGGGAGGGGAGCCCACACACUGUUGUUGAACAUUGUCAAACAAGGGUGAAAACAAAAAACAGAGGAAAAGGGGUGACAAAGGGGAUGGAAAACCAUUCUGUCAGCCAGCAGGAGAGUAACAGAAAUCUGAGCGUGAGCAUGGGAAGGCAGAUGCAGCAUGAUGUUCUCACCGCCCAUCGGCUCCAAUGGAGGAGUGAAGAACACGCCCCAGCAAAGUAACCAGAACAUGGAAUUUGGAUUCAAACCAGGAUUAGAUGAAGGCUCUUGGAACUCCAACAAUCCCCCAGGGUCGUUUGACAGAGGGAUGUAUGACCAAAACUUCAAUGGCCAAACAGACAACAUGCAUCCCUUCUCCAACGAAGUCCCAAACCUUAUCAAUAACAAGACCACAGAUCUGCCUUACAGGACAAACAUGCCUGGUUCUCAGGGUAUGAUGGGAAGCAAUGUGCCCAUGUCUCCUGAUUCUCUUUCUCCUGGUGCAAAAUCCCCUUACUUCUACAACAAGCAGCAAGACAUGUCAUUAAAAGGUCGAAGAGGCAGUGCUCAUGGUGCUUCAGGGAAAAGGUCAAAGAUGUAUCCCUCUAGUCCUGAGGAAUACAAUGACUCUGGAAACAGGUACCACACGUCACCCAAUCCAAUGUUCCCCAAGGACUCCUACUACAUGCCAGAUGGGCCUGGUCACAACACACCUGACCCCUGGUCAUCCAGCAAUGGACUUCCUACUUCCACAUAUCCUUCGAUGUUGCCAGGCAACAGUCAUCAUUCUCAAGCAUAUCCCAGCAUGCAUCACUCUCAUGACAUGGGUUACCCCACCGUUCCCCCAUCACAGGAUAACCUGGGUCUACCACCCAUGUCAACAUUCCGGCCAGGCACCACCAUCCCGACCACCACAUACUCCACGACAUCACCGACUGUCAACGGUAGCCAGGGGUCCCAAACAGGGGACGCAAUCAAUAAAGCUCUGGCUUCUAUAUAUUCACCCACAGAUCAUACAAACAGUAGCUAUGGUUCAAAUCCUUCCACACCUGUUUCAUCACCACCCCCAGGUUCAUCCAGCCAAUGGCAAAGACCGGCCACGCAAUCCUCUACCUCGCCCCACUUUGAUGGAGGAAACCCUCUCCACUCUCUGCAAAGUCGCAUGGAGGAGCGACUAGACGAUGCCAUACACGUCUUGCGACACCAUGCGGGUGAACCACAGAUGGCAGGUUUAGCGGCCGCGGCGGCUGCUGCUGCCGCAGGUGGCGGUCAUCAAAGUCUGACCAUGAUGCACUCUGCCGGGAGCCACCCAAAUGGAAUGAGCGGAAUGUCUUCCUACUCUGGAAUGGGCAUGUCUGGUCACGUGGACCAACUGGGAAGUCAUCAUACUAUGUCUGAAAAUUCAGAGUCCAAGAAUUUAGAUGGUGCUUCCUCUGAGAAGAAUAGCUUGGCUUUGAAAGAGGAGAAAUUGGAUAAGAUUGAUGGAGAGUCUACCAAGAGUGAAAGUUCUGGGGAGGGGUCUAAAAGUAACGUGACCUCCCCGGGGGGAAAUAACGGCCCGCCCAGUAAGAGAUCACGAAGUGAACCCAAUGACGAAGAUGAAUCGCCCGAAGCCAAGGCUGAGCGAGAAAAAGUCCGUCGUCAAGCCAACAAUGCCCGGGAAAGAGUACGAGUCCGUGACAUAAACGAAGCUUUCAAAGAGUUAGGCCAGAUGGUGGCGCUACAAUCGGGGUCCACCCAGCCCCUGACCAAAGUGAUGAUUCUGCAGCAUGCUGUUCAUGUCAUUUCCUCCUUAGAACAGCAGGUCAGAGAGAGAAAUCUCAACCCCAAGGCAGCAUGUCUAAAGCGUCGGGAAGAAGAAAAAUCUGAGGAGCUGCCAGGGGGGCGGGGCAUGACGGCAGACGAUUUGGCCGCGCAGCAGGCGGCUUUAUCAGGUUCUCCCUCUCUAAGUCAAAUGGGAUCUUGCAGCGGAGGGAGGGGUGGGGGCGUGGCAAUGCCGAACAACCGACACAGUGCUUUCCCUUACCUAUCAGGGGGCCAGGAGAACAGCCCCUAUAUGAUGGGAGAGUCCCCCAUGAAAUAUUCGGACAAUAAAUGUUCUAAAUCCAUGGAAUCGGACAUGGGUAUGACUGGUAUGGGCUUGUCAUCGGCCAAUUUGGACCAUUGCCAUGGCGAAAUGGGAAUGAUGACGCGCAUGCCCUCCGACCAAGGAAAUUCGACAUGUUAACCAUAAACUUAUUAAAAACAAAUACAAAAAAAAAAGCAAUAAAGAUUUCUAUAAUGACUGCUGUUGAGAUGAAGGGAGCUAAAUGUUGAUGAGUCUGAACUAGAUUGAGUUAUUUCCCUUCCUGUUCUAAAGGAGCUGAGGAUCGUGUGUGUGUGUGUGUGUGUUGAGAUAAGUGAUUCCUCUCACGGAUUCUGUGGAGACUAGGUACACAUCAGUGUGCUACGACUUUAGAUGAAUCUCGACACCGUGGGGGAGCAUAUUCUGAACACUGUUGAUCAGGUGUUUUGUGGAAAUAUUGUUUUCAUUUGUUUAAUGUUAUUUGUCAGUUGCCAUAGAAACAAAAUAUUUUGAUUUUAAAUAGAAAUACAAACUUUUUGUCUCUGUAAUUUUAUAUAUUUUUUUUGGGGUGGCAAUACCAUUUUGUGAGUUUUUAAAGAGAAGCAUGGGAAUAUUAUAUGUCUAGUUAUAUUAUAGAUUUUUAUAUUUGUAAUGAAAAGUUAACCUCUUAGAAUGAUGGUGGGGAAGUUUUGGUAUAAUUUCUGUGAAAUUUUUGAUAUUUGUUUUGAUAAUUUCUAUUCUGGGUUAUAAGGAAUGAAAACGUGAAAUCUGAUUUCUUGGGGUAAAAUAUCAAUUUACUCCACUAUCAAAUUUCUUUGAAGUGAAAUUCAAUGAAAGGUUGUGAAAAGUAAAUGAUUUUACAUAAUUUGUCUGGUGGUUGUGUUUUUGAAAGCUAUUCAACAGGAAAAAACAAACUACAGUACUACCAUAAAACAUUGCAUUGUGGUUUGACUUUGUAACAAAAUUUAUGUACAAGAUAUUUUUAUUAGCAUUAAUAGAGCCAAAAGGAAGAAUUUUAAGAGCAAUAUGUGCAUAUGUUUAACAUAUGAUAUCAAUACGUACAUAUGUUUUACAUAUAAUAUCAAUACGUGCAUAUGUUUUACAUAUAAUAUCAAUACGUGCAUAUGUUUUACAUAUGUUGUCAUUACUCCUCUUUUUCUUUUAAAAGAAUUUGGUGCAUAUUGAGUGUUGAAUUUUUUGCAUUGUAUAUAGCCCAUCUUUCAUGUUGUGCAUGAGAAAUUCUUCUAGCCAAAAACAAAAAAAUAUAAAUUUAAAAGCCAACCAAAUUGUGCGACCGAUGGAUGCAGUCAAGGACUGAUUGUGAAAUGUUAUUUGUUUCUGAAAUCUGUUACUUUAUUGUUGCAUUUUAUGUGUAUUUGCAAACAAUGGGACUUUAAAUGAAAUUACUAGAGUUCGAUGCCAGAUGUAGAAUGGGAAUCACUGGCAAUGCAUUAGGCUUAAGGAUAAGAAGAGGACUUUUGUUUUCUCAAUUGACUACUACGUGGAUAAACAUUUAAAUGCCUUCCAUAGUAUCCCCUGAGCUUUUCCAGAGUUUGUCACUUAAUGAUCAGAUUAUUGCCCUUGUUAAUGGUCUGGGUUACCCCCCUUGUAUAAAUGUACAUAGCACCUUAAGAAUUGUUAUAUAUACAAGCCAGUGCCUGUCUUAGCUAGAAAAACAAGAGAUACCUCCCAUUGAUGAGACGGGAACUAACCAAAGCAAAUGUGUUGUAUUGGCAGUUGGGAGGCGUGUCUACUUGGAGUUUCUAGUGAUGCAUUAUGUAAUUAUGAUUAUUAUACUAGUAGAUAUAUUUAUCAUUGACGUUUCUUCCAUGUUUUCAUUUCUGUGAAAGUGGAUUAUCUAUUUUUGAAAGACAAUUUUUCAUCCUCGUGUUCUGUCAAUACGUUUUUGUUAUGUCUGGUGAAGUAGGCUCUAUUUAGUUCUAAAUAUGACUUUAUAGUAUUCUAAAUGACGGACCACCCUCAGUGUAUAAUGGAAACAUAUUAUUUUUUUUUAUUUACAGUGAAACAUUGUCCUAAAUAUUUAAGUGGUUGGUCUUUGUUUUACUCUGUUUUAGAUUUUGAACAAUGUAAUAUUAUUAUGUUGUAUGGUAAAUUCAGUUGGUAGUUAUUUCAUGACAGUAACUGAAAUCUGAUUGGAUGAUUGAUAUUUGAGAUCUGAUAGGUUGAUUUAUAAUGCAGUCAUUGAUCUGAUUGGCAGAAAUAAUGCAUAUGGAAAUUUUAUUUUCUGAACAAGGUUGUUAAACAUGUUUUUUGGUUGGUUUUUUUUAUUUGAUUUGCUUUAGCAUCAACAAUAAUGGUUCAUUAUUUAAUUAAUGGAUAACAAAUAUUUAUUAAGAAUAUUUCAUUAGAAAUGUGAUCUUGCAGUUAUAAGAAGAAACUUGCAUGCAAGGUUUAAUUUAUAUUUAUGAAUAUAUAUCUAAGCUUGGAGAAGACGGGGAAAUACAUGUCUUUAAAAGACAUUUCCUGAACACAGAAUAUUAAAAAUGCCAUACCAUAGAUCAUGGUGACCAAGCACACUAUCUUGCGACAUUGGAAAGAAACAAAUGGCAAAUAUAUUUGUAUGAACAAAAGAAAAUGUCCAUUUGUAGUAUUAUGAAAAAGAAACAUGAUUUUUUCCCCUUUAAAGUUUUUUUUCCCAUGUCAUUUUAGAAAUAACAUACUGGUAUAUUUAGUAUAGAUCAUCAUAUUCACAAUCAGCUUUUUUAUAAUGUUAGUGACAAAUUUUUUUUUGUGGGAAACGGAUCUUGUUGAAACUGUUAGAUCCGCACCUAUAUUGUUGAACUUUCACCCCAUCACUGCCAUCCGAGUAGCAUGUAGUAUGAUUUGAUCAUUGUGAAUGCCAGGUCAUUUUCAGAUCUCUCUCUCUUUUUUUUUGGAGCAUGAAAUCUAUAUCAAUACCUUUGUAUGUCUGCUGAAAGAUAAAGGUAAUAAAAAUUUUAAACAACUAA